AUGAUGCUGCUGCUGAUGCUCAUUGCCGAUUUACUGAUCUUAAGCGUCCAUGGCUGGAUCGUUUAUAAAACGACGAAGAUCGAGUGUUUCCCAAAUGCACGUUAUAUACGAAACGCCACUUGCGGCAUUAAGGCGGUCAAUCGCUAUCGUUCGCACACGAAUAUGGAGAGUGACAUCGUGAAUAAGCUGCGAAAUGUGUCGCUCAACCUGCAAAUUUUCCUGCGCAACAGCGCCAAUAAAUUUAAGCCAUUUCUCGUCAAUGUCACCGCGAAUUUGUGCAGCAUUUUGGACAAGCGCAACUUUCCGGCUUACACCACAAUUGUCAUGAAUAUACUCAAGGAGGUGUCGAAUGUGAAUCACAGUUGUCCGUUCACGCACCCUCUCUCCACUCAUCAACAGAAGCGUCUGAUUGUCAAGAACCUCUAUAUGGAUGAGAAAUUUAUGCCGAUUGUGCCUCCGCUGGGUCUGUAUAAGAUUGAUUUUAAUUUUCUUGAGGGUUAUCCCUAUGAUGAUGUAGGCACCGUUAUUCUCUAUAUACAAGUGACUGAUGUGAAAGAGUUUAAAUUACGUACAAAAGCGCCGAAGUUCGUUUACUCAACGAUCAUCUAUAAGACCUUAAGUAUCGAAUGCAAAUAUAACCCGGAAAUACUAACAAACGUCACUUGUCAAUUAAAACCAAUCAAUUGGCAGAAAUCGGUUUGCAUAUGGGAUGCUGAUAUUCCACAUUCACUGAAAAAUAUAUCGAUACAUUUACAGUUAUUUAAGAUAUAUGGUGCCAAUAAUUUUUUACCGUUUCUUAUAAAUACAACCCUAAAUAUGUGUGACGUACUUAGCAAACGUAGUUUUUCCGUUUACGGUAAAAUAUUGUUUACUAUUUUGAAAGAGACGUCGAAUAUAAAUCACCAAUGUCCUCAUGAGGAACACCUCAGUCUUUACAAUCUUUAUGUGGACGCACGUUUAGUUCCAGUCACUCUACCACUUGGUAUUUACAAGGCCGUAGUACGCUUUCUGGAAGGUUAUCCCCAGGUAUUUAUCGGCACGACGGUAUUAAAUCUUGAGGCCAUGGAGAAACGUGAAAGGCGUGGAAAAGUGAAUAAAAAUUAACUGAGUGCAAUGCGCAAACAAUUUUGUAAUUAGUUGGCAAUUCUUAUUUAAAAUAUUUGUAAAUAUUUUGGUUGGAUUUGUAAACUGUG